UGAGAAUCAAGGGUUAAGCGAGAGGCUUGGUGCGUUAAUAAAGGCACAGGUUGUUUCAUGGUGCCCGUCAAUGAGCGGUGUUUUAAAAGCCGGCAUGAAAAAUAACAGCGUUUGUUUAUUCAAGACGGCUUUCGUUUUCCCUUUUUAAUUUUCCCCUCUGGUUUUGAGAUAUGGAAGAAGCUGGAGAAACACGAUAUGCUGCGGAGCUAACUGAACAGACAAAGGCUAACCGACUUGAUGCUCGCUUACUUAAAAUAAGCGGUAAAUUUCGUCGCAGAACCAACGAAUCCGGAUAUCAUUCUAUUAUGGAUGUCUGGGUGGACUUGUUUCCGUGCGUCCAAGUGGCUAGUUCGUUUGAAGCUUGGUGGGCUAUGCAAUACAUGUUGCGCAUUACUGGCGAAUUUCAUGAAUACUGUGAUGGCUUUCGAGAAGCUGAUGAUAUUACACAGAUGGCCAGCAUGUUUGACGAACUUGAAAAGGCAUGGUUAGUGUUAUUGGAACGGGAAGGGCUCAGUACAACGGACAAAAUUCGAUCCAUCAAUUUAUUUCGAGAUGGUCAAGACAAAGCUGGCGUGCUCGGUGUCCCAGCAGUGUAUCAGCAAGUGGUGAAGGUCCUUGCAGCACAGCCAACGCCGUAACAUGGAUCGGCCACUUUCCAGACGGCACCGUGAACUGCGCUAGGCGGUCGGUUCAUUCAGCAGCGUUUAUUUAAUUGGCCAGCUAUAAUUGGACAACUCGAGAACUGUGGUUACACCAGCUUAUUGAUGUUACUGCCAAGGUUCGCUGCUAAACCUGUUGCUUCCUUGCUUUUAAAGACCUUUUUUUAUUUCUCUAAUUUCAAUUUACACGUCCCUUUCUUCCUUUUUCUCUCUUUCGCUUAAUACACUCCCUCCUACUAUGAAACUUUUGUCUGUUGCUACCUCUGCCUUGCUUGCUCUCGGCUCCAUCGUUUCAGUCGUCAACGCUGAUUCUUAUUCUGAUGCUAUGAAGGAGUUCUGUGGCGGUAUGUCCACUUGAAACCUUUCUAA